UGAGUAAUCACCAGGUUUGGAGCAAAGUCCACUAACUGGGUCGAACACAAAAUCUCCCACCAAACAUCCUACACAACAACAACGCUGUGAGGAGCGACAACAAGACAUCGACAACAAUGGACAGCACAUCUUCAUUCAUCAAAUCAGUGACCAAGCGAGUGUGGUCGCCGACCCAGAGGCCCUUCAGGGUGUGCAGUGACAACAGGGCGACCAAGAAGGGCAUCACAGCUGGGACCCUGGAGGAGCUGAAAGAACGGGUGUGCCAGGCGUUGCUGCUGUCCCUCUCUGCCAUGUCUCUGUCUCUGGUUUGUGAGGAGGACGGUACAGAGGUGGACUCUGACGAGUUCCUCAUGACGCUGCCUGACAACACAAUGCUCAUGGCCCUGGAGCCUGGACAGACAUGGAGAUCCCAGACAGGUGCAGUCGUGCCCAAAUCUCACGACCACAACAAGCCUCGGACCGGGAGAGACAUAGCACGUGUCACCUUUGACCUUUACAAGAUGAGCCCUAAGGAUAUGUUUGGCUCGCUGAGCGUGAAGGCCACGUUUCAGGGCCUGUACUCUGUGAGCGCCGACUUCCAGUGUCUGGGGCCCAAGAAAAUCCUCAGAGAAGCGCUGCGUGUGGCCUCCGCCCUCCUUCAGGCCGCCGGGCACCUGCUCAUCACGUCUGCUUCCAUGAUCCGGCGCGUCAUCGAAGGCGCUGAGUUUUGGCAGCCGCAGCGGGCGGAGUACACGGCCAGCUGGAACUGACGGAGCCAGGAAAGACCUUUUUGAGAAACAUGUGAAGUAGAAUAACACCAGGUCUGAGGCUGAGUUGAUGUCUGAAAUGUCCUUUGAAAGCUUCUCUGCACUGAUUAACUGUCUUGAGGGGUUUUGAGUUAAUACUGCAGUGACACUUUCAAACAAUGUGAUGAACAAUUGUUUCUAUUAAGCAGAACAAAACACACAAAAAUGCAAAACUUCACAAUAUGUUUUUCUCAAGUUUUCUUUAGGUAACAAGAGAAAGUUAUUUUUCUAUUUUGGUGCAGUAUAUUCUAAUAAUAUCUUGAAAUUGUGCUGUAUUGUGUAUGUGGAUUACAGGGAACAAAGCACUGGUUAUUGUUAUUAUCAUGUUAACAUCAUCUCAUUGUAAAAUAUUCAUGGAAUUAGUUUAAAAAAAGAUUAUUAACUGUGUCUGUUAAUGUUUUAACAAUCGUAAGAUGAGUUGUGUUCAAUCAAUGAAAGUGUUUUAACUUUGACAAUUAAACCUCUGCACAGCA